UGCGGUGUCGAACAAACGAUGGAGGACCCAAAGAGCUCAGCUGCACCAAGUCUGAGAUCCAGAUGUUUCCAGGCCAUCAGGACCCAUUUCUCUGCUCUGGGGGCUGACGCUGUUCUGUCUAUUCCAACGAGUCUCAUUGUGGAUCUUCUUCCCCACCUGACCGUGUGCCAGCUGCAUGAAGUCCAGCCUGCUCUGAACCUCAGAGGUGUUUCCACUCACUCUGGAUGGAUUCGGAUCCUGCAAGAUUUAGGUGGUCAUUGCAACCCACUAGACUUCGACACAGAAGAAAAGGCCAAACAUGAAGUCAUGAGAAAUCUUUUUACUCUGGUGUUCUACAGCUUUAAGAACCACUACGUUCUGAAAAACAGCACCAAUUUAAAAAACAAUUCUUUCUUGUGGGCUGCAGCCAAAUACAUUCAGUACUUUUUAGUCAUUCCAAGCCUUCAUGGACCCCUUCAGACGUUAACGUCUGAUCAGAGGCCUCUUCUGAGCCUCUUGGAGGGGCACAUCAAAACUGUUGGCGUUUCCCCCUCCUGGAGUUUGUCCCGGAGCAACAUCCAGACGGUUCUGUACAUCUUCCACCGUCUGCUCGACCACGGCUCUGCUACACAACUUGUUCUACACACUGAGUGUCCCAGCACUCUGGCCUGGCUCCUACGUGGACGGGGCCCUCAGUCUAUGAAUGUGGAGCUGAAGAGCUUACUGCGGUCCAGCUGUCCUCCUUCAGCCCAUCACAGUCCUGCUCCUAAUGAUCAGAGGGAUCAUGUCACUCCAUGCAAACGUGCUAGACUGGACUCUGAAGAACCUGAAGGAUCAACCUUUACCGUGGACCCACAGGUUCUCUGUCGGACUCUUGGUCCAGGUUCUGCUCCGUCAGCUGGACCUUGUCCGUGGGGACGGAUUACUUCUCUGGACCUCAGAUAUUGUGGAUCUGGUUCUUUUAAAGUCUUAAAUUCUGCUCUGCCCACAUUUUUCUGCCUUCGCUCCCUGACUCUUCACAGCAGCACGCUCUUCAGGGAGGUGGAUGUGUUGGACCUGGCAGCAGCCCUGAAGAAGCUCUCUGACAGCUCCUGCAGCAGCCUCUCUGAUCUGAGCCUCAGCAUCCUGCCCUGCACCAGACUCAUGACGACCCUGCUGGACGCCUUCCCCAGGCUCACGUCCUUGUACCUGGAGGUCCAGAGGGUCCUGUGGGGACCACGCUUCAUCCCGGAUCGUCCCCCGUCUGUCGUCUCCAGCUCUUCAGCUGAGCUGUCUCUGGAGAAGCUAACAGUGAAGCUAACUGAAGACCAAACAGACCUGCGGUCCAUCAUGUCUCUGCUGAGACGCUGUCCACGUCUCACCUCUCUUCACCUAGCUGGACUAAGACCCACUGGUUCCACUCAGAGCCAACUCCUCACAACACUCUCAGAGUCAAACUGCCAACUCAGGGUUCUCCACUUUGAGGACAUAAAACUGUGUGAUUGUCUCCCAGAGAUCUUGAACCUGCUGAGAAGCUGCAAGUUGGAAGAGCUUCGACUGAGUGACUGUCGUCUUCUGGAAAAGUGCUCUAACCAAGGAGAAAGACUCCUGCAGCUGGUGGCUGCUCUGAAGAUGGUGCAUUCUCUCCACAAACUAAGUUUGGCACAAAAUCGCCUCGCCAAGAACAUUUACAUCCUGGCAGAACUGUUCUCAGGACCCACUCCCAGCUCAGUCAAGCAUCUGGACAUCAGCUCCAACUUCGUCCUCCCUUCUGAUUUACUGGAGUUUGCUAAGAGACUGCGAGCUCACCCCCCCACACAUGGACUGGUUCUGGACCUGAGGAAAAACCCAGCAGACAGAGACCCCGACAAGUGGACCAGAGCUGUACAGGAGCUCCAGCCCGUCUCUCUUCUCUUGGAUGAAGGAUGGAAGUCCACCAACAUGAUGGUGGAUCACGUCAGCAACAUGUGACCGAGCUGGACCGACUGGACCACCUGGCUUCAGUCUACAUUUUAUACCUGAACAAUAAAAAGGCUCACAGUAUUUAUAAAAAUAAACAGGAUGUUCUGAGUUUGAACAGUUUGGACCUGAAGCUGGUGAGCAAAGAUGUGAGUUCAGAAGUUUUUUUUUUUUUUUUGUAUUUAUUGGUGUUUGUGUGUUCUGGAAGAAUACUAGACUCCUUGAGUUUCAGCGGAAUAAUUUAUUAAGCCAACAUGUGUCAGGCUGAAUGUGACAGCAGACGGUAGAACAAGCAGAGACCUGGAUGAGAUGAACAGCAGCUCGUCUUCAUCCUCAGGUUUUACAUAAGACAGUGAUCAUCAAGACAAAGCAUGUAGAAAGAAUCCAAACACGUGGGUUUAAAAUAAUUAAUAUUAUUAAAACUAGUGUGCAACAAGCACCGUUA